GCGACCGCUCGCGAACUCUACCGCAACUUUCUUUCUUCUCCCCGGAUCUGAGGGACAUUAUUGGAUACAAACCGGAAAUUAUUCAUACUGCGGACUGCAACUGGACUAAACACACACACACACACAUACACUGCAUUUGUGCGCAGUUAAUAUUUUUCCUGCAUCAUCAUCAUCAUACACUCACACACACACACAUUGUCAGGUGCUAGUGAGAGGACACAUACACACACACACACACACUCACGCACACACAUUCAAACGCGAGGAUGACAGAUGCACUAGGGCGGCAGGACGCUUCUUCUCCGUGAGCUCGCGCGCCGCGCUGAGAGAAGCGGAACCCUCGCACACCGUGUGGCUCGCGCGCGCGUCUGAAUUCUUUUUUUUUUUUUUUGCGUUAUUACGAGAAGUGAGCGCGAGCUCUCGGGGCGCGCGCUCCCCUUUUGCAGGAUUAUCCAACUUUUUUUUUCUCUUUCUCUCUCCAAACCGCGGCAGCGUAUCCGGACCCACACACACACACACACACACACACCAACUGACCGGCUCUCUGUGUGUCUGCAGCGGGACCGUGAGCUCAUCCGCCCGCUCUGAGGAACUUCACCUCCUCCGGGACAACCAGAAGAGAGUGAAUAAAUAAGUAAAUAAAUAAAUAAAGGCUGACAGACAGACAGACGGAGAUGUGUGCGCGGAGCGCGGCGGCGGUUUGCUUGGCGGCGGCGCUCGCGCUGCUGUUUGGGGUCGGCGGGUCGCACGCGCAGCUCUGCCCGGCUCAGUGCUCGUGCGUCGGAACCACAGUGGACUGUCACGCGCAAGGACUGCGGAGCGUCCCGAGAGACAUCCCGCGCAGCGCCGAGCGCGUUGACCUCAACAACAACAAUCUGACCAAAAUCACGAAGGCAGACUUUGCGGGGCUGAGAAAUCUCCGAGUGCUACACCUGAUGGAGAACAAGAUCAGUGUAAUCGAGCGAGGAGCAUUUCAGGACCUGAAGGAGCUGGAGCGACUGCGCCUGAACAGAAACAAUCUCCAGGUUUUUCCAGAGCUGCUCUUCGUCACAACAACCAAACUCAACAGACUGGAUCUAAGCGAGAAUCAGAUUCAAGGCAUUCCCAGGAAAGCGUUCCGAGGAGCCACGGACAUCAAAAACCUGCAGUUGGAUUAUAAUCAAAUCUCAUGCAUUGAAGAUGGUGCAUUUCGAGCGCUGCGGGACCUAGAAGUGCUAACACUGAACAACAAUAAUAUAUCUCGCUUGUCAGUGGCCAGCUUUAACCACAUGCCCAAGCUCAGGACAUUUCGUCUUCACUCCAACAAUCUCGUCUGUGACUGCCACGUGUCCUGGCUCUCUGAUUGGCUGAGACAGAGGCCCCGCCUCGGCCUCUACACUCAGUGCAUGGCUCCGCCCCCGAUGAGGGGACACAACGUCGCCGAGGUUCACAAGCGGGAGUUCGUCUGUUCCGGUUCCGUGUCUCACUCCUCCUGCAGUGUCCUUCAGUGUCCUGAGUUUUGUUCCUGCAGUAAUAAUGUAGUUGACUGUAGAGGAAAAGGUCUGACUGAGAUUCCCACCAACCUUCCAGAGACCAUCACUGAGAUUCGUCUGGAGCAGAACUCCAUCAAGAUCAUCCCUGCUGGAGCCUUCACACCUUACAAACGUCUCAGGAGGAUUGAUCUGAGUAAUAAUCAAAUAUCAGAACUGGCUGCUGAUUCCUUUCAAGGCCUUCGCUCUCUCAACUCACUGGUUUUAUACGGGAAUAAAAUCACUGAGCUUCCUAAAGGCCUGUUUGACGGACUUUUCUCUUUACAGUUACUGUUACUGAACGCUAAUAAGAUCAACUGCCUGCGUGUGGACGCCUUCCAGGACCUGCAGAACCUCAACCUGCUGUCUCUGUACGACAACAAGCUGCAGACCAUCGCCAAGGGGACGUUUGCGUCACUGCGCGCCAUCCAGACGCUACACCUGGCCCAGAACCCGUUUGUGUGUGACUGCCACCUGAAGUGGCUGGCUGAUUACCUGCAGGAGAACCCGAUCGAGACGAGCGGAGCGCGGUGUACCAGCCCACGACGCCUCGCCAACAAACGCCUCGGACAGAUCAAGAGCAAGAAGUUCCGCUGCUCAGCUAAAGAACAGUAUUACAUACCAGGUACGGAGGAUUACCGCACUAAGCUGAGUGGGAGCUGCUUUGCCGAUCUGGUGUGUCCUGAGAAGUGUCGCUGUGAGGGGACAACCGUCGACUGUUCCGGACAAAAACUCACCAAGAUCCCCGACAGCAUCCCACAAUACACUGCAGAGCUACGUUUGAACAAUAAUGAGUUCUCCGUGUUGGAGGCGACGGGCGUGUUCAAGAAACUCCCACAACUGCGCAAGAUUAACUUCAGUAAUAAUAAGAUCAGUGAUAUCGAGGAGGGCACUUUUGAGGGAGCGAGUGGAGUGAACGAGCUCAUACUGACCAGCAACCGCUUGGAGAGUGUUCACUAUGGCAUGCUGAAGGGUCUCUCGGGUCUGCGCACACUGAUGCUGCGCAGUAACAAGAUCAGCUGUGUGAGUAACAGCAGCUUCACCGGCCUGAGUUCAGUGCGGCUGCUCUCUCUCUACGAUAACCUGAUCACCUCCAUCACCCGGGGAGCCUUCGAUACACUUCACUCCCUCUCCACACUGAACUUGCUGGCCAACCCGUUUGACUGUAACUGUCACAUGGCCUGGUUGGGGGAGUGGCUACGGAAGAAACGCAUCGUCACGGGAAACCCUCGCUGCCUGAAGCCGUACUUUCUGAAAGAGAUCCCGAUUCAGGACGUGGCCGUGCAGGACUUCGCGUGUGAGGAUGGUGAUGAUGAGAAUAGCUGCUCCCUGUCGGCUCGCUGUCCCUCAGAGUGCUCGUGUCUGGACACGGUGGUGCGCUGCAGUAAUAAAGGACUUAACACACUACCCAGGGGCAUCCCUAAAGACGUCACUGAGCUUUAUCUGGAUGGAAACCAAUUCACGCAGGUUCCUCUGGAGCUCUCCAACUACAAACACCUCACACUCAUUGAUUUAAGCAAUAACCAGAUCAGCACGUUGUCCAACAACAGCUACAGUAACAUGUCUGAGCUGCUUACACUAAUUUUAAGCUACAACAGACUGAGGUGUAUUCCAGCUAAAGCCUUCGAGGGCCUCCGAUCGUUGCGAUUACUGUCUUUACAUGGUAACGACAUUGCUGUAAUUCCUGAAGGGGCGUUUAAAGAUCUCUCCUCUCUUUCUCAUCUUGCUCUCGGGGCGAACCCUCUCCACUGUGACUGUAACAUGCAGUGGCUCUCUGACUGGGUGAAGAGCGGAUAUAAGGAGCCGGGCAUCGCUCGCUGUGCGGGACCUAAAGACAUGAUGGACAAACUGCUGCUCACCACACCGUCCAAACUGUUCACCUGUACAGGUCCGGUGGACAUCACCAUCCAGGCAAAGUGCAAUCCAUGUCUGUCUAACCCGUGCAAAAAUAAUGGCACCUGCACCAACCAUGCUAUUGACUUCUACAGAUGCACCUGUCCAUAUGGAUAUAAGGGUCAGGAUUGUGAGACGCCCAUCCACGCCUGCAUCAGUAACCCGUGUCAGAAUGGUGGAACGUGCAACCUAAAAGACGGAGCCGAGAAUACACACUGGUGUGUGUGUCCUGAGGGCUUUGAGGGAGACAAAUGUGAGAUUAACAUCGAUGACUGCGAGGACAAUGACUGUGAAAACAACUCCACGUGUGUGGACGGGAUUAACACCUACACCUGUCUUUGCUCAUCUGAUUACACAGCUGCUAAUAACAAUGAAGUGGAGAAAGGGGAGCUGUGCGAAGAUAAGCUUGAUUUGUGUUCUCCGGAGCUGAAUAAGUGCCAGCAUGACUCCAAAUGUGUCCUGACUGCUCAUGGUUUCAAGUGCGAGUGUACUCCGGGUUGGUCGGGAGAGCAGUGUGAGCUGGACGUCGACGACUGCGCAGAUAACAAGUGCAAAAACGGAGCGCAGUGUUUCGACGCUGUCAACGGCUACACGUGUGUGUGUCCUGAGGGCUACAGCGGGUUGUUCUGCGAGUUCUCUCCCCCCAUGGUGCUUCCGCGGACGAGUCCGUGUGACGAUCACGAGUGUGAGAACGGGGCGGAGUGUGUGGUGAAGGGAGCAGAACCAGUGUGUGUGUGUCUCCAUGGUUACGAGGGGACACGAUGUGAGCGUCUCGUCAGUGUGAACUUCGUCAACAGAGGCGCCUUCGUCCAGAUUCCUACUGACACACAGUGCACUAACAUCACACUCCAGAUCGCGACAGACGAGGACACUGGAGUGUUACUUUAUAAAGCCUCCAGUGAACAAAUGGUUGUCGAGCUGUACAGAGGCAGAGUGAGAGUCAGCUACGACACAGGAACCAUCUACAGUGUGGAGACGGUGAGUGACGGAGGAUUCCACGUGCUGCAGCUCAUAUUUACAGACACGUCCGUCUCUCUGUCUAUUGACGGAGGAAAACCUAAAUCCAUCCCUAUCGCACGGAGGACAAGCACAGGAGCGUCACUGCUCUACCUGGGAGGCGUCCCUGCGCACUCGUCCGUCUCUCCGUUCAGUAACGUCUCCAGUUUCCACGGCUGCGUCCGUCACGUCUACGUGGACGAGCAGCUGCAGGACAUGGUGCGUUUCCAGCGGGAGGGCGUCAUCCCCGGGUGCCGCUCCUGCCAGCCGAGCGCCUGCGUUCACGGACAGUGCCACGUCAACUCCCGCGAUGCGCGUGACUCGUACUCGGACACGCACUCGUCGUUCAGCUGCGAGUGCGAACCGGGUUGGAGCGGACCGCUGUGUGACCAGCCGCUCAACGACCCCUGCCUCGGCAACAAGUGCGUGCGUGGCACUUGUGUCCCCAUUAACUCGUACUCGUACAGGUGUGUGUGCGCACCGGGCUUCGCCGGAGUGCUGUGUGACGAGCGCAGCGCAAGUGUGUGCGAGUGUAAGCACGGACACUGCCGCGUCUCCGGCCUCGGCGCGGCGUACUGCGAGUGUAACGCUGGAUACACGGGGCCGCUCUGUGACAAAGAGAUGGAGUGUAGGGGUCACAGGGUCCGAGGUUACUAUCAGAGGCAGCAGGGCUACGCUGCGUGUCAGACCACGGAGAAAAUCUCACGCUUAGAAUGCGCGGGAAGCUGCGGGGGCGGGGACUCGUGUUGCUCCGCCCUCCGCACCAAAUCCAGGAAGUACACGUUCCAGUGCACGGACGGCUCCUCGUUCAUCCAGGAGGUGGAGAAAGUGGUCAAGUGUGGCUGUACGAAGUGUCCAUCCUAAACCAGCGUGAGAGAGAGAGAGAGAGAGAGAGAGAGACCCUGCCCCUUCCCCCACCACACACACUUCCUGUUCUCCUCCUCCUCCUCCUCCUCCUCCUCCCUCUCAUCAGUUUCUCCAUGUUUUUAUAUAAAUGUUCACGUAUUUUCCGUUUCGGACUGGUGACCGCUUCGCUCAGAAGAGAAGAUGGAUUAUUGUAUGAUACAGAACAACAAAAGAAAAACCUAUUUUUUAUUAUCGAGGACAAAAAAAGUAUAGAUUUUAGAUUAUUUUGUUUGUUUUUCAUUUGCAGUCCUGAAAGAACUGUGAUUUUAUUUUUAUUUUUACCUUUUUAUUUCUUUUUUAAUUAUUAUUUUAAAAUUUUACUCAACAACACCUCAGUGACGAGCGGCGAGCAGUCUGCUUCUCCGUACGGGUUUUUUGGACUAACUCACUUUUUCAACAUGAGGAGAAAUAGUACUGCCAUAACACACACACACACACACACACACACACACACCUGACAGGCGUCCCUGCACCGACAAAGGCGGAGCUAAAAAGUUUCAAUUUGCACUUAGCAUAAAAAAAAAAGACUGCUUUAGUUACACAAUAGGAAACUAGCAAAACUAUUUAGCGUGUUCCGUAUAGACACAGCACAGAGCUAAUGUUAGCCAGCUAAUCGUUGUAGCUAUCUGAUGUUAAGUAGCUAGCAGGCUAAUUACCUAGCGUAUAAAUAUAAUUCCGACUAGCUUCUCUGGCAAGAUAGCGAAAACUGAUGUAUGCUUUUAGCAUUCGCGAUUAGCUGGCUAAUUCUGUUGUGCUACACAUGCCUGUCAGUCAGAAACAUUAUCUCUCUCUCACACACACACACACACACACUGUGUAAACCCUGUGUAUUUAUUGUCUGAACCACUCCAGAGUUCUUCCCUGGUUUUAUCCACAGAGUUACAGCCAAUAUAAACCUAUAUUAAUUUAUAUUUGUCCUGUUAACAGUAGCUUACACACACACACACACACACACACAUAUUAGCGUGCUGUAACGUAGAAAAAAAAACAAGUCAUGUUUAUAUAAAACCUUUAGUGGUGUUUCAAACCUUCAAAAUGUGAAGUGUAUAUUUUUGUCCUUAAACUUUGUACGGUGUCAGAGAUGGACUUAUUAUCUUAUUAGCGAGAAACCGCGUAGCCCCCCCCCCCCCAUACUCCCCCCCCUUCUCGUGUAUUCGACCUAAAACACGCAAUACGUAGUGACAGAGUAACGCUAGCUCCACUAGGAGGCGCUCUACCCACCUCUUAAGAUGUUUCUCCUUUUUAAAAAAAACUCGAUUUAACUAGAACGUAAAAAGCUGUGAGUAUUUUUUUUUCUAUCUAAACGAUACUUUAACCCCGCCCACUCCCUCCCUCCUGUUAACACGUUGCUGCUAAACUGGUAUCGUAGACUUUGCGCCAGGAUUAGACAUGUGCCGACGUCAAGGUUUUCCUGAAUAACGAUAAUCGACUCCAUAGAUUUUAUGUUCUCGGUAAGAACCGAGUGAGUGUUACUUAGUAACAUUGGAAUAUUUUUUAAUGUUUACAGUUAAAUUCAGACAAUAAAUAACCGAGUAUUUUCUCAAGGUAUUUGGAAUUUGGUUUUAUAUAAAUAACUUUUAUAUUUUAAUCACUCAGAAGUGCGGAAGGUCAGAAUAACUUUAACACAAAUUGAUCUAAUUAGUACCAGCCUGAUUGGGGUCAUCUGUAUGUUCCGCAGACUUGAAGUCCUGUGGUCACAUGGUCAUGAGUUCCCAGGGUCCUAUUUUACUGAAGACCCUAUGCUUCCAGGGUCCUAAGUUCCUAAGUUCCAUGUGUCCCAUGGUAUCAAGGGCCCUAUAUGCUCAGGGUCCUAAAUCCCAAAGAUCUAGUGUCAUACGUUACCCAUGGAUGGUCCCAGGGUACUAAAUUUCCCAGUUCUAGGGUGAUGAGUUCCCAGUGUCCCAUUUUACUGAGGUCCCUUUGCUUCCAGGGCCCUACGUUCACCAUAUCCAGGGUCUUGUGUUCCUUGCAUCCCAUGUUACCCCAGGGUCCUAAGUUCCUCAAGGUGUUCCAAGGGUUUAUAUGUUACCAAGGGCCCUCCCUAUGUUCCCCUGGUCUAUAAAACACAUAAUGGAAACCUGAAAAAAAAAUUCCCUAGCUCUUUUUUUUUUUGGGACAAAAUUCUUUCUAGAGACUUUCAAAACCACGUUUAUGUUCCAGAUGUUUUGUUCCAAUAAAAUAAACAGGAUAAUAUUUCGAAGAUAUUUUAUCGUAAAAAAUCGUGUUUUUAACCGAAAAAGAAGCUUAAUGUAUCUUAAUAAAAAAAUGUAAAUAAUAAACGUAGGGAACACAGGACCCUGGAAGCAUACUGUAGGUACGCUGCAUCUUGAUUCUCGAAAGUUGCCUUUAAUUUCUCUGAACAAAUUAAACUGUUAAUAAACAUUGAAGAAAAUCACCAUUGAAAGGUAUAACAUUAAAUUGAUUAACUUACAACACUAACAUGAUGUCAUUCUUAGCGUACUGAAAUUAUAGCUAAACAGCUAGCUCUCAGUCAGAAAAGUGCUCUCAGUCGAUUCUGCAGCUAAGCUCCCCAAAAUAACAAUAAUAACAAAAAAACAACAUCAUCAUCAUUUUGGUUUAUAAAGUUAUAUAAAAGUCCUUUCGUCUAUUGUGAGCUUUGGAAAUUCACAAUCCUUCCUUGACGUUUCAGCUUAGCUGCUACCAUGGCUAAACAGGAUAAGCUUCCGUACUGAUGAAUGACCUGGCUCAGGUAUCUACUUCACUAACUAUAAUUAAAUAGUUCUUGGCUAAUAUAACCUGCUGGUUAGCUAGUUAACUAAUUACUGUCUCUUACAGUGAUGAGCGAGCUAAUAAAGCUAGCUACAGUAGGUGCAUGACAUUAGCUUGCUAGUUACGAAUGACGCCUAUUAUUUCUAUAAUCCGCAAUUGACUUUUAAUCAAAUGACCUAAGUACAGCUGCUAAAUUUGUUAAUUUCGAACAACACGCUGCCUUCUGAGUGAUAAAAAUAAAAAAUAAAUCAACGGAAAAAAUAGCGCUGCUUCCUGGGUUAUAGAAAUUCUGGACAACAUGAUAAUAUUGUUCGAUUAUCGAGAUAUUAUUCAGUUUCAAAUUAACGGCACAUGUCUAAUAAUGAUGAUGAUGAUGAUGAUGAUGGUUAUUCAGGUGGUAAUGAUGAUCCGAUGGUUAUGAUGAUGGUAACUAUAUGUUGGUGUGUAUUGUAGAGGACGGUGCUUGUACACUGAUAAGCACAUUAUCUUACUGAUCUUUAAAUAAAAAUGUUCCUUCCUUG